CUCUGUUCCUGAUUUGGGACUUCAACUCACCAGCUUUAAGUAUCAGCACCACUGUGAUUUAGUCCUACUUGCUUUUAUAUAAUUUUCAAAAAAGUUGUAUAGAUUAUUUCUGAUAAAAGCAACCCAAUUCACAGUGAUGUCUACAAUAAUGAGUCCAUACUCAUGGUCAGAGGGUUUGGAAACUUCUGUGAGAGAAGAAAAACCCAGGGCUGGACUCGCAUGUCACGAAUCUUCAGCCAGAAACAAAGCUGAGCCACGAAUCCGGAGACCCAUGAAUGCCUUCAUGGUCUGGGCGAAGGAUGAGAGGAAAAAACUUGCCAUCCAGAACCCCGAUUUACACAAUGCAGAACUUAGCAAAAUGCUGGGCAAAUCAUGGAAAGCCCUCACACCUUCACAGAAACGACCUUUCGUAGAAGAAGCUGAAAGAUUACGAGUGCAGCACAUGCAGGAUCAUCCCAAUUACAAAUACAGACCUCGGAGGAAAAAACAGAUCAAACGACUGUGCAAACGUGUGGACCCCAGCUUCCUGCUCAACAACUUCCCCCACGAUCAGACUGCUGUUCACAGUGGAAGAAUUUGUAGGGGCCCUCUGGAGGAGGAAGAGGAUAAAGGCUAUCUAGCAACCUCAAGGCUUCCUGCAAUCAGCAGAUUCAGGGAUGCACAGAGCACGAAGAAUAACUUCGACAACUAUGGGCUACCCACACCCGAGAUGUCCCCUCUAGACGUAGUGGAUGCUGAUCACAGCUUCUUUCCACCUCCAUGUACGGAAGAUUCUCCUUCUCAGAUGAAUGGAGUGAUAUAUCAGUCAGAAUACAGCCAAAGCCCCAUUCAAUGUGGAAAUCUCAAUCAGAUCUCUAUCCCCCAAAACAGAUCACCCAUCAUGCACCCUUCAGUCAGCCACCCUCCGCCGCCUCCUUAUUAUAACCGAAUGCAACAUCCAGCCUUCCAGCCCAUGAAUUCAAGCACCUCAGUCCACCUUUCUCCCCCACGGGACCACCAUCACCUAGAUAAUCUGGAGCAUAUCAGCCAGGCUGAGCUGUUGGGGGAAGUGGACCGCAAUGAGUUUGAUCAAUAUUUGAACACCUCCAGUCAACUGCAUCAAGCAGGGAUGGUAAUAAAUUCACAUUUACAUGAUGUGAGUCCAUCGGGAGGCACAAAUUCAGAGAGGAGUCUAAUUUCAGUCUUAGCUGAUGCUACUGCAGCAUAUUAUAAUGGCUCCUAGUCCCAAUAUUAAUGCACUAGAACUUUACUGGCCAAUAACAGUAUUACUUACAAAGAUCUUUGGACUGGAAAUUUCCUCAGGGUUUUCAAAUGAACCAUUAGUUACUUUCAUAAGUGAAGAACCAAGUUAUUUAUGUAGGUAAAUUCUUUAUGACAUUUUUUAAAUGGAAAAAGUUCUUGUGUGCGUGUGUGUGUUUAAUGUUUGUAAACAGUUUAUGAUGCAUUUAAUAUCCAAUGACUACUUAAAAUUUGUUAGUUUGCAAGCUUGUUCACUAUAUAUAAGCAUCUAUACAUAGCUCUUUAUCAGCAUUUUUCUUGUCAUUAUUUCAUUAUGUCCAAAAUAAACUAUCUAACAUUUUUUAAUACAAAGGAAUAUGUGUAUGCUACUUCACAAUUAGUGAUCCUUAUUAAAAUCAGAUGCUCAUAUGCUCAUAAGUUUCAAAGACAUACAUACCCUCAGCGUCAUUAUUUGUAGGGAAUAAAUAAGGAAUCACCCAUUUUGAUCAUAAAAGGAAUUUUACCUCCAUUAGGUAUUAACAGUUCAGAUGGUGAUUUACAGUAUAUUUAUUUUAAUUACUGUUUCAUGAAACUUUUAAGUUUUAUGUUUAAUUUAUCCUUUGUGGCAACUUUAAGCAAAAAUAUAAAUAUUUCCAAUAAAAAAUUUUAUUCCAAUAGAUGAUUUUUAGAUGCACUUGCAACAAAUGGGGAAACUAAAAAUAAUUACCUGGAUAUAACAUUUUAUUUCAAACUAUGAAGCUUUCCAGAAAUUGGACUUGAGAUUGAAAAUGUUCAUACACUAAACAAAGACUUGUUUCAAUUAUUCAUUAAUUUUUAUGAAUUAUUUGGGUUUCUCAUAAAUAUCUACAUAAAAUUUAGAGACACAAUAUGGUUUGAAACAUGUAGAGCCUUAUGCACUUUAGCAGUUGUUUUAUCAAGCUUACCAAUAUUUUAGAACUCUUAGAAAUAUAUUUUCAAAGGGCUAUUUGAAAUAUAGACCCAAUUCAUCACAGAAUUUAGUUCCCAAUGUAUUUUUGAAUAGCUAUCAAUGCUUAAUUAUAUCAUUGUCAAGGUGAGCCUCCUACAAUUAUCAGAAGGUGUUACUUUGGGGUUGCAUUUUCAGAAAAAUAUGCAUUGUCAUACAGUCAUUAAUUUUGUUUUUGAUACCACACCAUAGUUUGUUCACAGUUUUGUCUGCUUUGUGUAAUACGUACAUACCUAUUAAAGUAUCAAAUUAAUGCUUUAAAUUGAUAAAAUUUGUUUUAAUACUGAAAUUUGCAGAUUACAUAAUUAUGAAAUGUCCUACUUUAAUGUAACUGUAUAUUUCUAAACAUGUAUAUUACUUUCCCAAUUUCAGUUUCUAUUUUAAAAUGUUUGAAGUGGAGCAGUUGGAACAAAUUUAUAGCAUUUCUAAUCCAGUUGUGCAACUGCCAACUAACCUACAAAUUCAAACUUAUCUCUUAAAUUAGUAUACAUUAGUGAAGUAAUGUUCUGCUAUAAUUUAAAAUCUAUUCACAGAACUAAACUGUACUGAAUAUUGUUUCACUGAUUUUUAAAAUAAAGGAAUGAGA